UCCUCAAGCAAAAUGCAGCUCAUUCCGUCGAGCCAUCUUCACCUCUUCUUCUCUAUAUAAUCUGCAAAGUUCGUCUCCCUGCCGAGGUACGGGAGCUGGUGCCAUUUGAACCAGCCGGCAUGUCGAUGGCGAUGCUGUUCCUGCUCUCCCUCGUGCUGGCGUCGUCGGCCCCGCGCCUCGCCGUCGUCGAGGCGCUCGUCGUCGACGGCCUGAAGAUGGGGUUCUACAACCGGACUUGCCCGGAGGCCGAGCAGGUGAUCCGCAACGUGGUCCAGACCGAGGUCGGCAUGGACCGCACCAUCGCCCCUGGCCUCAUUCGCAUCUUCUUCCACGACUGCUUCAUCACGGGGUGCGACGCGUCCAUCCUGCUGGACGAGUCGCCGUCGGGCGACGUGCCGGAGAAGGAGUCGUCGGCGAACGGGUUCACCCUGCACGGCCUGCGGACGAUCGACGUGGCCAAGUCGACGAUCGAGGCCAUGUGCCCGCGCACGGUGUCGUGCUCGGACAUCCUGUCCUUCGCGGCGCGCGACGCGGCGGUGGCGGCGGGUCUGCCGAGCUACGAGGUGGCCGGCGGGCGGCGGGACGGCGUGCACUCCCGGAUGGACGACCUGCCGGGCAACUUCCCGGUGCCGGGGCACACGGUGCCGCGGCUGACGGAGCUGUUCCAGAGCCGGGGGCUGUCGCAGGAGGACCUGGUGACGCUGUCCGGCGCGCACUCCAUCGGGGGCGCGCACUGCUUCAUGUUCUCCAACCGCAUCUACGGCUUCUCCAAGACGUCGGAAAUCGACCCGUCGCUGGACCCGGCGUACGCGGAGCGGCUGCGGAAGAUCUGCCCGCGGCCACGGCCGGACGACGACCCGGAGGCGGCGCCCAAGGUGGACUUCGACGAGCGCACGGGGCAGAAGCUGGACAACUCCUACUACCAGGAGCUGCUGGCGCGGCGGAGCCUGCUGACAUCGGACAACACGCUGGCCAUGGACCCGCAGACGAGGCCGCUGGUGGAGCAGUACGCCAAGGACGACGCGCUGUUCCAGAAGAGGUUCGGGGAGGCGAUGCAGAAGGUGAGCGCGCUGGACGUGAUCAUACAGAAGACCAAGGGCCAGAUCAGGCGGGACUGCCGGAUGGUGAACAAGGCCAGAGGCAUCCGCUGGAUGCCCAUGCUCCAUUUUCCCAAGCCCCCCAAGCACCCCAUGCUCCAGAUGAUCAACUGGUUCAUCCGUGGCUUCCAGAGGGACUGAGCUGAGCUGCCUUUCCCUUUCCAUUUCCCUUUUCCUUUGCCACCUCUCCUAGGCGGACGAGCCUGCUCAAGUUUAAGUUUCACUGCAUCUGAUUUGCCCUGUUAAGCUUUUGUUUUAUUUAUUAUUUUCAUUUACUUUUGUUUUAUUUAUUUUUACUUCCUUCGCUCUAAUGAAUAUGUGACUUGAGCCAAUCAUGUACUUUUGUCGUGUUUGUGCCGUUUGUACGUUUGUUUAUCAACUUGGAAUAACAUGUAUUAUAAAUGACCCUUGAUCUUACUCCUUCCGUUCCUAAAUGUAAGUUUUUUUAAAAAGUUUCACUAGGAGACUGACUACAUACGGAUGCAUAUAGACACACUAGAACACAGAUUCACUCAGUAUAUCAUUAUGCAGGACCACUUAAAUAUAUUUAUAAACCAAUACAUGUGUACAUGAUUUGCUAUUUUCGUAUCAUUUGUUCUCACGCAGCAGCAUAAGCAGAACACAACACAUAAUGA